AUGGAGUCUUUGUACGAUCAGCGUGGACGAAAUCACGCUGGCCAGAAGACGCGUGAGCAGGGGAGAGGCCACGCGACAGCCAAAUCGUCAGGCACAGAGAGGAAGCGCAAGGCAUCCUGCAGUGCGUCUGCGGGCAGCGCUAACAAAGGGGCGAAGAAGCAUCAGUUGCUGCAGCAGCUGCCCAGGGAGGCCGCUGUGUGCAACCAGCAGCACAGUCGUGAACACCCCGACCCCGAGGAGUUCGCUAGUGUUUGCGCACGCUGCAGAUGGACACUCCAUCGCAAGACUUGGCAACAGCACUACGGUUCUGUAGCCCUUGGGGGAAAGCGCGCGGUCUGGUUGGCAGAGGUUCCCCAGCGCUUGGCUGCCCUGGGAGGAACCUGGGGCAUAGGCUGCGACCUAUGUGCCAGCCUGCAGGCACGGCUCACUGCGAUGGAGCGCGGCGACCGCAAAAGGGGGCAAGGGAGACUGGACACGAAAUGGGGGAGGGCCCAUGCCAAGAGCGACGUGCACCGCACGGCUUUGUGGGCAUUCCUGCACCCUGGGCGACCGCUGACAGCUGCAGCUCCGAGCCUCACUGAACGUUACUCGCCUUGUGGAUUAGCAGGGGAAGCUUUCCGGGGAGCUGUGCCACAGCUGGACGACUUUCUGCGUGUGUGGCGCUUGGCCGCCAGGAGCAACGUCUCAAUGGCUGCAAUCUCCGGGGUGACGUUCUCAGAGGCCUUCCUCGCGCAGAAGCGGGCCAAGCCUGCCGAGGUGACCCGCUGGGCCGUGACGAAGUUGGUGCAGGUAAUGCGCGAGUUCAUCCGCCGCAAGAAGGUGGAGACAUUGCUCCGGGCCGAGAGCAUGACGGUCAUGAUCGAUGACAAGGAGUCGCACAGAGUGAUCCUGUAUCACUCCAACUUGUCGCACGAGCCAUACGGGAAGGGCCUGCUUCGAGCCUUCCGUCCUGGUGCCAAGGAGGUGGUGUCCUACGAGGAGGACUACUCCAUGCGCAUGGCCAAGUCCGUGGAGGAGUCCCUCUUGUUUCUCAGCACGCCAGUGCAUGGGGAGUGCGACCCCCACGUCUACGAGCACCUGCGCCAGAUCACGAGGUUCUACACCAGCGACGGGCUUCCUGCAGCCCUCAAGUGCGGAGAACUCCUCACGCAGAUGCUGCCAAAUCUGACACUGGUUCACCGAGACACAGCGCAUGCCGUGAGGCUGGUCGCCAAGCGUCCGCUGGCCGCGGAGUCGGCCUGGAACGACAUGCGGGAGGCUGCAUCAUGUGGGGAGUGGCAGAAGCCUCUAGAGGUGGCGCUGAAGCACCUCAGCUUCGCUCCCCAGCGCUGGGAUUCGGAAGCGUCGCCACUGCGUCGCUUUGCUGCCACCCUGGUCCCCAUUGCGUUGUUCCUGGCCAUCCAGAGCCAGGACCACGACCCAGCUCUGACCUGCAGACAGAAGGGGGAGUUUACCUCCAGGCUCUUGACCCUUUUCGUCAAGUGCCACAUUCUGGACGACCCAGGGGAGGGGGAGGCCACGACGCUGACAAGACUCAUCGUGCAGCAGGCCAUGCAAUGCCCUGGCAUACGGUUUGGGGAGAGCUUGCACUACCUGUGGCCCGGGUCCGCAAAACACACCUUUGACAGGUGCAUCCAGUCUCUGCACGCUGUCACGGACGUGGCCCUUCAGGAUCUGGACGCAGAGGUGAAUGGGUUUGUGCUGGACUUUUGUGUUUUCGAUUUGAAGUCCUUCCACCAAGCGAAGCAAAAGCCUGGGGAGUGGGAGACCUACAAACGCCUGACCGACUUGCGGAUUCGCCGCCUCGUGGAAUCAGGCCUGAAAAAGUCAGCCUAUAGGGAGACUUUGCGCGAACGGUGGUGCGCAGCCCAUUGCUUGCAGGAGGAGCUCGCCCCAAAGUUUGAUGCUGGGGAAGAGGUCGACAACCGAACGGAAUGGCGGAGAGUUUGGGAGGACAGCUUUGUCCAGAGAGCCACUUCCUGGAAGCGCUUCAAUGCACUGCCAUCAUUUGUGAAUUAUUAUCUGGGGUUUCGCGAUUCCAGCACGGGGGUCGAAAGAGCUUUGGCUGUGGUGGAGCGAUUGCGGCAGGCGCAUCUGGGGCCUUUGGGACUCACGCUGCACGACCUGGCUGAAAUAUCCUUGGAUGGGCCUCAAUCAGAGACCGAGCUGGCCACCCGCCUAGGUCAGGAUGGGGAGCACCCAGUCUUGCAGGCAACAGACAUGUGCGUGGAGAUGGUCAGCAUUUGGCGCUCGCUCUUCGGCGCUCGUUUUCGACUCUACAAGCCCAGGGCUGACGCAGGCCGUGCUCGUGGCAAACGUUCUGGCACAGACGCAGACAUCGUUCGACGAACCACUGCCGGGGCUAAUCUGCUUGUCUGCAACGCUGGCAGGGUGGGCGAGGGAAGUGUGACGAUCUUGGGCGUCAAGAGGAAAGAUCUCCCUCGGCAUGAGGAAGCCUAUCAGAAGAACCCACAGUUCAACCAAGACCUGGAAGACUUGUACAACAGCGCUGCAGAGAAGAAACAAAAAAAGCUGGACAUGCGCAACCAGCGACGAGAUCACCCGGAGACAUCUGUGUAUCGACCCGGUCCCCUUCGCAAGGCCACACUGCUUGCAGACGCAACGCCGGCGCCCAGAUCUGCAGCUUUCGACUACACGAGAAAGAGAGCCCCCAAGAUCGUGGAUCUUACCCUGACAGGCCCUUCUGUGCAGUGCGAGGCCGGAACAGUCAUGAGGCCGGGCAAUUCUCACAGCAUGGGGGACAUUCUGGCCUUUGUCCGGGGAUGCGAUUUGAUCGUCGUGUCCAGUUUCAAGCAUCUGCAGUGUUUGCCGAAGUUCAACGACAUCCUGCGUCUCGGGCCGCUCUUCCCGCUGGUGUACUUGGCAGCUGUCGGCUUGGGGAAGGACAUCAUCGAGAAAGAGACGUGGGGGAAGUCCGGCCCGGCCCAAUGCCAUGAGGCUGCUUUGAAGGAUGCGCUCACGAUCAAGUUCUCCAGUGCGUUCCGUGGGAAGCAUGCGGCCAGCUGUGACUUCAUACAGAAGCUCUGCGAGAUGCGGCAGAGCCAGUGGCGCAUUGCAGACCCCGACUCCGAGAACACAGAGUGUGUGGAUGUCGGGGACACGCGCCAGCUUUUCACCGUCGCGCAAAAGAUGCGGCGCUUAGUUCGUUGUACAGGGGUGGCGCAUCCAUCUUUGAAGAGAUGA